AUGCCUUUCAACACUGAGCUCACCAGAGCCCUCGGCAUCAGAGUGCCCGUUGUUCAGGGUGGUAUGCAAUGGGUCGGAUACGCUGAGCUUGCUUCCGCUGUCAGCAACGCUGGAGGACUGGGCAUACUUACCGCUCUCACCCAACCCACACCCGAAGACCUGCGCAAAGAGAUCCGACGAUGCAGAACGAUGACCAACAAGCCUUUUGGCGUCAACCUGACCCUCCUCCCUGCCAUGGUUCCCCCGGACUAUGCCGCAUACGCUCGCGUUAUUAUCGAGGAGAAGAUCAAUAUUGUUGAGACGGCGGGAAACAGCCCUGGACCAGUCAUCAAGCAGCUCAAGGCUGCUGGCACUAUCAUCCUGCACAAGUGCACCACCAUCAGACACGCACAGUCUGCGGUCAAGCUUGGCGUUGACUUCCUGUCCAUUGACGGCUUCGAAUGCGCUGGACAUGUUGGCGAGACAGACAUUACCAACUUCAUCCUGCUCAGCAGAGCCAGGCAGUCGCUGGGUGGUAUUCCAUUCAUCGCGUCGGGAGGUUUCGCAGACGGUCAGGGUUUGGCCGCCGCGCUGGCUCUCGGUGCCUGUGGUAUCAACAUGGGUACGCGCUUCAUGUGCACUGUCGAAGCACCCAUCCACCACAACAUCAAGCAGGCCAUCGUCGACGCACAAGAAACCGACACCGCUCUUGUCCUUCGGCGUUGGAAGAACACAUCGCGACUUUUCGCAAACAAGGUCGCGCUCCAGGCCGUGGACGUCGAGAAGACCAGCACAACCGGCAAGUUCGAGGAGGUCGCUGAAUUUGUAAGCGGAAAGCGAGGACGUCAAGUAUUCUUGAACGGAGACAAGGACUUUGGUGUAUGGACCGCUGGCCAAGUAAUCGGCCUUAUCCACGACAUCCCCACCAACGAAGAGCUCCUCAACCGUAUCGAACGAGAAGCUGUCGAGACAAUGAAGCAGAACCAAACGCUCUUCAUUGAGGAUGGAGAGAAGCCUGUCGCUGAAGGCGCUUCAAUAAACAAGAAGUCGAACAACCCUCAGGCUGAGGUAUGGGGCAUCGGCAAGAGCAAGCUAUAG